UUAACUGAAACAGGAGUAAACUGGGACCAUCGUCAGCGUGGAAACCGGCGUAAACAACAAUAAAUUUUCGUUUAUACUAUUCGUGAUUUUCUUUUAAGAUAAAUUUUGGCUCUCCUAUAUAGUUAUGGCUACAUGGAAUCAGAUACAACAACAGUUGCGUCAUCUAAAUAAUCCAGUAGUUUUCUUCGAUAUUACUAUCGGAUCUACGGAAGUUGGCAGGAUGAAAAUGGAAUUAUUUGCUGAUGUUGUGCCAGAGACUGCUGAAAAUUUUAGACAAUUCUGUACUGGCGAAUACAAAAAAGAUGGUGUACCUAUUGGUUACAAAGGCUGCAUAUUUCAUAGGGUCAUAAAAGAUUUUAUGAUUCAAGGUGGAGACUUUGUAAAUGGUGAUGGUACUGGGGUCAUGAGCAUCUAUGGUGCUACAACAUUUGUGGAUGAAAAUUUUAAACUCAAGCAUGAUGGACCUGGUUUGUUAUCAAUGGCAAACAGUGGGAAAGACACAAAUGGCUGCCAAUUUUUCAUUACCUGUGCAAAAUGUGAUUUUCUUGAUGGUAAACAUGUUGUCUUUGGUCGAAUUUUGGACGGUCUACUUGUAAUGAGGAAAAUUGAAAAUGUUCCUACUGGUCCCAAUAACAAGCCUAAAAUACCAGUUAUUAUAUCUCAGUGUGGUGAAAUGUAAUAAUGAUUGGCACUUAAAUUGUACAUUUUGUUAAUAAAUUCUUAU